GUGUUAUGUAGUAUAUAGAUGACGUAGGGUAUAAAGCAGAGGAAUAUGGAAAUAUUUUAUUUACAAAAUAAAUUAUAGUUUCUUACAAGAAAAAUUCUUUUCUUAAAAAGAGAAGGGGGAAGUAUUGAGGAAAGACGAUAUCGUAAUUCUCCAACCUUGAUUAUCGUUACAAAUUAAAUUGGACAAGGGAUCAAAUUUCAUUUUGUUUUAUAUUAUUAUUAUUAUUAUAUUUACAAUAUUUACAUGGCAAAUAAUAUACAAGUCAUCAGUACAGGUGAUAUACGUCGAUUGACGAAAUCAAUAUAAACUUUUUAUCUUUGAAUCUGGUCAAAGUCGUUAAAGUAAAAACUAAGUUUAGAAACGAAUAAAUAUAAGAUAAAACGUUAUAUCGAGGAAGUGGGAAGAACAAAAGCAAACAUUCUAUUCAAUAGAAUGUCAUUUUCUUUACCACUCCAUGGAUUUUUCGCUUUUUGAUCCUCUUUUUCUUCAUCUAAACGAAGUCAAAACGUCUUCAUCUUCCUCCAUGUUCUUCACGUCGAAUGGAUGAAUUUGAAUUUUUUAAGAAAUAAAGUGAUUAAGUGAAUUAUUAUCGAAUUGUAUUUCUUCAAUGACCAACGAUCAGCAGAUGGAAGAACAGAAAAAGGAAAACGAAGAGGCCGAACCAGUGGUGGAACCACCCGAUGGAGGAUGGGGUUGGGUAGUUGUCAUCGCAUCUUUUAUGUGUAACGCUAUCGUCGAUGGCGUCAUUUUCUCCUUUGGAAUAUUCCUGAAAGAAUUUACUCCCGUUUUCAAUGAAAGCAAAGCGAAAAUUGCGUGGAUAGGAUCCUUGCAAGCUGGAUGUUACCUAAUGGCAGGUCCAAUUGUUAGUGCCCUAGCGAAUACGUAUGGUUGUCGUCCCGUAACCAUUGCUGGAAGUAUCGUUGCAGCUGUGGCUUUUGCUUUAUCUUACUUCGCAACCAGCGUUAAUUUUCUCAUAGUCUCUAUGGGGUUACUAGGAGGAAUAGGAUUUGGCUUCAUAUUUUUGCCAGCAAUAGUAACCGUUGGUUUUUAUUUCGAUCAAAAAAGAGCAUUGGCAACGGGUAUCGCUGUCUGUGGAUCGGGAGUUGGUGCUUUCACAUUGGCACCAGUAGUUCAGAUUAUGGUCAACGAGUAUGGAUGGCAAGGUUGUUUGCUGGUUUUGAGUGCCGUAAUUCUUAACUGCAUGGUUUUCGGAUCGUUUUUUAGACCUCUGGAACCCAAGAGAAAACUCGAGCCGUUACCACCCGAACCCGCUAAACCACUUUUGCUAAGGAUCAAAGAAGCUAGAGAUAUGUUGAACAAAUGGGAUUCAGACGAAUCUGUCAGCAAUGGAUUGCUCAUAGGCCAAAACGGUUCUCAAUUCGGUUCUCAGUGGAAGAAUUCGAACGGUUCCAAUUCGCAUUCUGUGAAAAACAAAUCAUAUACCGAUCAGACCAGUGGAGGAAGUAAUACCGAUUCUACUAUUUCUCACGCGGAAAGCAAUAAUAGUCCACCCCCUUCUUAUAGCGAAGUCGUUAGCAGCGAUAUGCUUCCUUGUCUUCCCUCUAAUCCUUACAGUGAAGUAGCGAGAAGGGCUUCUUCGAGAUGGGAGAGAAGAUCACCGUCUAAAUUUUUAAGAAAGGGGUCAUGCCAGCCAGAAAUGUUGCGACCUUUCUACAGACAAGAUAUCCUCUUCAGCGCCAGUUUACUUCGAUUACCGGAAUUUCGUUCGCAGCCAGACAUGAAACACUAUCACGCCAGUGUUACGAAAAUCCCAAAGGAAGUUGAAAGUUCGAACAACGAAUUAUGGUAUCACUGUUCCUCCGCCAUGACAGAUACCUUUCGACAGAUGUUGGAUCUAUCGUUGCUAACCAGUCCAACUUUUAUUUUACUCGCAGUUUCUGGUUUUCUGACCUUGGCAGGCUUUUUCGUACCUUUCAUCUACAUCAUAGAUCGUGCCGUGUUGAUAGGAAUAUCGGAUGAAGAUGCAACUAUUCUCCUUUCUACAAUUGGUAUAACUAAUACCGUUGGACGUGUUUUUAGCGGAUGGAUGUCUGAUAGACCGCACAUAAAUGCGCUAUUUAUUAACAAUUGUGCAUUGGUUCUUGGUGGUGUUGCAACAGCAAUUAGUCCUUUCAUCAAUAACUAUUAUUUGUUGAUUCUCUACUGUGCAAUAUUUGGAUUUUCUAUAGCUUGUUUCGCUGCAUUGAGAUCCAUCAUUGCAGUGGACCUUCUUGGACUAGAGAAAUUAACCAAUGCGUUUGGAUUGCUGCUACUCUUUCAAGGAAUUGCAACAAUUAUUGGAUCACCCGUUGCAGGUUUUUUCUUCGAUUUAACUGGAAGUUACGAUGCGUCAUUCUUUAUUGCUGGAGCUCUGAUUUCCAUUUCUGGAUUAAUGUGCUUUCCACUUCCAAAAAUUUCGCGAUGGGAAAAAAGUAGGAAAAGUCGAACUGAAUCGGUUCCUCCAGAAGUUAUAGUAACAUCCGAAGUGGAUUCAUUGUGAUCUUGCAUAAAACGCCAUAAGAAUCAUUAAAUGGCGAGUAUAUCCAAAGAUACUGAAGAGUAGAUGACUGCAAGAAAAUACGAAGCAAAACUCGGAUGGAAGCGCGAAAUCGCCAAUCUAAAAGAAAUGGAUUAUUUAGCAAGGAUUCUCUUCGAGAGGAAUAUCAAUUGGGACCAAAAUUACUGUGAUAUGAACCAUUGUGCCUUUAGAAGAAAACGUUUCUUAUAGGACCCUUGCUACAAGAAAUUAGAUCUAGAAUCGUAUAUAGGAAUUAAUCCGUUAAAAGAAGGUUAUCCUUAAAAUAUUUAGCCCAAAAUUUAAAAUUUAUUGUAUUUAUUUUCACGUUAGUCCACUGCUUCUAAACUAAACCAGACACAAGUUCGAAUCAAUUGCUUUUCUUUUUUUUGCAAUGUCAUUUUACAAAAUUCUGUAAAUAAUCCGUUGCGUAUUCUUGCAACAAAAUGCGGAAACGAAAAAUGUAUAAAAGUGGAUCAUCUCUAGCUCUUAGCAACCGAAUCGUCAGUCACAGAGUAAACAUUUUCUAAAGAUAUCGUGUUUUUAACAGCUGCUGCGAUGUUAAAAAGAUAGCGGGUCGAGACCUUGACAAAGGGAACGACCGCAAAUAUCCACUUCUAAGUAGAAAAUUGUUUAAUUCAAGUACAUAAAAUGCAACAAAUUUGCCAUCUAGAUUUAUAUUUUACAUAACAGUAAUUAAUGUUUUGAGUGCUUAAAACGUUUUAAAUACACAGGGUACUAAAAAAACAAUUGGGGUGCUGAAAAUUGUUUUUUGCUUUAAAUAGAUGUGAAGUUAUAUAAAGAAAUGUCGGUUAAAAAGUCUAGAAAUGUUUUAAAAUAUUUUUUUAAAUAAAAUUUUAUAGCAUUGUUUAUGCUUAGAUAUUAAAAUUUAUGCUACAUAAAUCAUACUUGUCGUAUAGAAUGUAAAAGAAUGAUUUAGAUCUAUAUAAAGAAAAAUAUAAUUCAGUAUAACCAAAUCUCUAUGCUUUAUUGCUUAUAUCUAUAUAUAAUGAGGUGUAGAGUGUCCCAAUUAUUUACAAGAUUCACAAUGUGUAAUUUCUCUCUCUUAUAACUUAUAAAUUUCAACGAUAGUUUGCAAAUUUGCAUGAACUACUUCCAGCAUCUUUCUGUUUUAUAACAUAAAAAAUUGUAUGUAAUGCUUUUAAAAUGGCAUACUAACAAAAACUUCCAUACACAACAGCUGUGUAUUGCUUAAAGCAAUAUACAACUGUGUAUGGUGAUUAAAUAAAAAUCGUUUAAAUGAUUCUAAACUAAAAAUAUUUUUGGACUUUUUGAUUUCUUUAAGUAGAAAAUAACUUCCAGCACCCUGUAUAAUAACUCCUAUCCACUGCCAGACUUGCAUUUCUUGAUGAUCAAAACACAUUUCAUCAAAUUUGAAUAAUAUAUAGAUAUAUACAUAUAUAAAUAUAAUUUACAUUUAUUUAAAGAGGAAAAAAAAUCAAAUAUAUUGUAUAUUAAUGACUCAAUUUUUCUUUUUCUCAUCAUAUUUUUUUUCUUUCAUUUUUCGCUGGCGAAUUAAGAUAAUUUCUAAUCGUCAAAUGUGAAAGUGUAUUGUAACGUUUUUAUAUGUAUUUGUAUAUUCAAUGUAUUUUAUAAAGUUAUAUUUCACAGUAA